AUGUUUGAAAUCGUGUCUGAUUGCAAAAGGUGGAACUCAAAACCGUUCUUCUAUCCAAACUCCCCGCCACUGCCGCAAUCACGGACAGAACCAGCGCGCCCUUUUUUACAUGUCGGCAUCGAUCUAGCUGGACCAUUUCGCGUGCUCAGCAGCGAAAACAAGGAACAAAAGAAGUGGAUCCUGCUCGCAACAUGCAUGGUAACGAGAGCUGUUCACUUGGACAUUGUCAACAAUUUGAGCGCAAAGGAAUUUAUCAAUGGGUUACGACGAUUUGUUGCACGCAGAGGAAAACCAACGCUGAGAAUGGCCGACCAAGGGGCCGCGGACAACAACGGGGAGCCAGAAGACGUCCCAAUGGAGCCUGGGGAGGACGAUGAAAACCGCGAGCAACAGCGUCAAGGAAGCCGAACAACCUCACCAACCACCACCCCGCCAAGAGCCCCGCGUCAAUAG